AUGGAAAGAUGGCUACCAAACUACGGGCCCAUCCCCCCAGCUCCCGAGCCAGCAAGACCACAGCAACCGGUUAACCAAGAAACCCCCCAAGACAUUCCGCAAGACCCGCCACGGCCACAGCGGCCUGUAGGGGCAGGUCGUAUUCCCGACCAUGGUCCUGAAUUUGCAGACCCAGAUCCAGACCCUGAACCAUGGCCUGAGCCGAUCCCUGAGUACGACGACCGGGACGUAGAAGAGCCUCCACCAGCGCCGAUCAACAACAAUGACGGAGCACGCGAAGAGGAACUCCCCGAAAACCACUGGUCCAGACAAAUCGCCCCAGCAGCUGUCAGGCAUGUCACAUUCGGCAUGUCGGUGCCUCCUUCUGACGAUGAUGUUGCGGAACUGCUGGACGAAGGGUAUGAGAACAUCCCUUACAACUACUUCAAGCGGACGCCGCACGUUGUGUUCAACGUCAGGUACGGCAACUGCACCUUUGAGCUUUUCAUAUCCUGCUGGACAUGGGAAGGACGGGAAUGUGGCAGGACGCAGAGCAUCCUGUACCCUUUGCAAGAGCUCUUCGUUGAGCACAACGAUGCCGUCGUGGAGAAUGAGGAAUUCCGGCAACGUAUGAAUGAUUUGAGGGAGAGGGUGCUAGACUUCUGUCGGCGAUUUCUCAGUCCUGGGGUUGCUAUGUUACCGAGACAGACCGGGCAGAUGCAGCUUAUCGAUGUAUUUGGGGAGUUCUUCGUCAGCGAGUCGGAUGUUCUGGGGGUAGGCUUUUGGGUUGAUCAGCGGCGAUUCGAGCCGCAUGUGGAGUUGAGGUUCACUGAUGAUGGUAUGAAUGUUAGGUAUCUGAGACAUCAAGGAAGGGAAAAUAUGGGAGGCGGAGAGGAUGGCCAAAGGAGAGAUCGAGGUCGAGAAGACAUGGGCAACAGAGAUGAGAAUCGAAGGAGACAUCAAGGCCGGGGAAACCUGGGGAACAGAGACAAUGACCAGAGGAGAGAUCAAGGCGAGUUUUGGGCUGGAUACGGGCCUGGUCGGCCGUUGUAUGAUUUCAACGGCUAUGGCCACUUUCAACUUUGA